GCUCGUCCGCUCGAUGGCCAACUCGGCGCUCCCUCGCUCUACCCUGCACAGGGUGGGCCCAGUCUCGUGCGGACUCUCGCACGUCUCCAACGCCAGUGUGCAACAUCUCGAUGUUGUCGCGCCCACGCCGCCGCCACAGGGCCACACCACCACCGGAAGAUCUCCCCCACUAGAAAGCUCACUCCAACAGCAUAGGGACUCGCCAUCGGCCGGCCGUCGGGACCAUGAUGAUGGCCGCCGCCUGGCCUCUCUCCGCCGUCGCGGCCUUCUCCCGGCCUCCCUCUCGCUGACCCUCCUCCUCGCCACCCUCGUACCGCCCUCCCCUUUUCCCCCAAACCCUGCUCCUCCGUCCCUGCUUCCUCCUCGCCGCGGUGCUCACGCCAUCUCUCCAUGUUGUGCGCGGGUGUCCAUCCUGGUGCUGAGCGCAGCGGCCGUCUUCUUCGAUCACAUCCGCAAGAUCGGAUGCAUGCACUCGCUGGAGAGGUCCACCAUCUUGGAUGCCUUCUUCGAGGACCCCAACUCGCUCAAGAAGGUUCUCUGUCCGUCGGUUUUUGAUCCUCCUAGGAAAUACAUUUCGUUGAUAGUUCCUGCCUACAGUGAGGAGCAUCGACUUCCUGAGGCUCUUACGGAAACACUCAAGGUGCCAACAUGCAGGCACUUCAAUUUCUUACUUAUGGAUGAAAGGUGGAAGCGAAGCCUUGUCCACAAUAAAUAAGAUAUGCUAGAAGACACCAUAUUUGUUGUUGUUCAUUAUCAACACAGCCCUUAAGAUUUUUUUUGCUUAACAAAAUUUUGACUAUUUUCUAAGUGAGCUUCUGUAUUUCUGUGCACAUUCAGAAAUGGAACCAAUAAAAGAGAUAAAUCUCAUGAAAUAAUUUCGGAAGCAGUCAACUCAGGUGGACAUGAUGGUAAUAAUAUUGAGACUGUGAUAACUUGUUUUUUUUUAUUUCAGAAAUCUAAACUAGAACUCUUAUGUUGUCUA